GUUAAUUAAUUACUGGAGUCGGAGUCUACCUUGAGCAGCCACCUUGAGCCGAGCCGCUGUGUACCUGUGAGAUUCUUAUGAUAAUAGAAAGUUUUUGGGGCUAAAGUCCCGUUGUUUUCACAAAAAUUCAGGUCGUUGUCUUCCCUCCUUUAUUUAUUCAUGUGCCCGUGGAAUGGAUGGUUCGGACUGCAAAAUUAGGAAAAGGAUCUUACACACUGGCAAGGAAGUGAAACAAUUUCAACCCGGUUGCAAGGUACGUUUCCACUUUCGCACUUGUCUCUGUGAUGAAAAUGGGACAGAAAUCGAUGACAGCCGUAAACUGGGGAAGCCCAUGGAACUAGUUCUGGGGAAAAAAUUCAGAUUAGAAGUUUGGGAAACUGUUGUGCAGGCUAUGGCAGUUGGAGAAAUUGCAGCAUUCCAUGUAGAUAAAUCUGUUUUAUUGUGAAACUAUUUAAGUUUACAGUAAUUAUUUUACAUUAAGUGGCGCUAAAUAUUCUUCAAGAUGGGAGCCAGGCCAGAGGAUGUUGGCAUUAUUGCCCUUGAAUUAUAUACCCCUGCUCAGUGCGUGUCACAAGAAGACCUGGAAAAAUUCGACCAAGUUUCGACUGGAAAAUAUACAAUUGGCCUCGGUCAAGAAAUGAUGGGUUUCUGCUCGGAUAUCGAGGAUAUCAACUCAAUUUGUUUGACUGUUGUCAGCAGAUUAAUGAAAAAUUAUCAGAUAGAGUAUGCAGACAUCGGUAGACUGGAAGUAGGAACUGAGACGAUAAUUGAUAAAUCAAAAAGUGUGAAGACAGUUCUUAUGCAACUCUUUGAGGAAAGUGGAAAUUUUUCCGUGGAGGGCAUCGAUUCGAAAAAUGCAUGUUAUGGUGGAACGCAAGCUGUAUUCAAUUGCGUCGACUGGGUAGAGUCGUCUGCUUGGGACGGACGGUAUGCCAUUGCGGUAAGCGCUGAUAUUGCUGUUUACGCUGCUGGUAAUGCCAGGCCAACUGGGGGAGCGGGUGCUGUUGCUAUUUUAAUUGGAGCUAAUGCACCUCUAGUGAUUGAAAAUAGUCUCCGAGCUUCAUUCAUGAGUCAUGUCUAUGAUUUCUAUAAGCCAGAUCUGACUUCGGAAUACCCAGUUGUCGAUGGAAUACUUUCAAUCAACUGUUUCCAUGAUGCUUUAGAUAACUGUUACAAAACUUAUAUUGAAAAAUUCAACAAAAGAUCUGACUCGAGCAAAUUCUCAAAAUUUACAACCUUCUUUGAUGCUUUAGUUUUCCAUACCCCUUUUUGUAAAAUCACACAAAAAGCCUUCGCCCGACUAAUCUACCGAGACAUUGUUAGAUCCAAACAAACUGAGGGAGAGCUGAACAGUAUACCGCCCCAUAUCUUAGAGGGCGUUAAUGACGAAGAGGCAGAGAAAAAUCUAAAUGCGUUCAACAAGAUCAAAAACUAUGAGAAAUCCGUCAUGGAAUUUGCAUCCGCUCACUAUGAACAAAUGACACUACCAAGUUUAUUCUUGGCAAAGAACAUAGGGAACAUGUAUACAGCUAGUUUAUAUGGAGGCCUCAUUUCAUAUUUGAUCUCCAAACCUUAUGAGUCAUUGAUUAAUCAACACAUUGCAUUAUUUUCUUAUGGUUCUGGUCUAUCAUCCUCCUUGUACUCCAUUUUCAUUAAAGACAAGCCUGCUCUGAAAACAUUGGUUCAAAGCAUAUCAAAAAUUCCCAGUGAGAUGAAAAGCAGGAGAGUUGUAGCGCCAACUGAGUAUACAGAAAUCUUGAAAUCAAAAGAAAAUUUUGCUAGUGAAUUACCAUUCACACCCUCUGCUUCACCCGACUCACUGAACAAAGGUGUGUACUAUCUAACGCUUGUUGAUGAAAAAAGACGAAGGUUUUACAAAGUUACUUAGAUUCAACAUUUUGAGGGUAUCGGUUACUUUCGUGUGCAAUGGUAUUAUUUAUUAGUUAGGUAAAGGGAAGAUUUGCUCAAGACAAUAAAAAAUUGUCACUUAGGAUCGGGCCUGUCUUCGAAAAGAUUCUGAUAUUUUUUGAACUUAUUCAAGACAUAAUAUCGAUUUUUGCCAAGAAUUCUCAUAAAUCAAUCUUUUUUCCGCGUAAAUUUUGGUCAAAGUUGAUCUUAUCCAUAAUAUAGACUUAAAAACGUAGGUAACAGACUGCUUAAGACAAACUAACACUUUUUUCUUGUUGAACUUACCUAAGUAGAGAUGAGGUGAAGCUGUGUUUCUGUUGAUUAUUGUAAUAGAAUUGAGCCACAUUUUGCAAUGAAUGAUUUAUACUUCUAGCUCAUUUUAGAAACAACAAAUAGGUAUGCAGAUUUGUGCUUUUAAGGGGCCAAAAAUGGUAGUCCUCAUCACGUUAUACAGUCCAAAUGAUGGGAAGUGGAAAAAUUGCUUUACAUUUUUGCAGUUUCUCAAAAAUUGAACCUUCCGUGAAGACUUCCUUUUCUGCUGCGACAUUUCAUAAAAAAUGAAAUCAUCAAGUUUUAAAAUGACAGAAAAAGAUAUGGAAAACUUAUCGGUCCCUCAUAAAGUGUAUUGAGCACUGAUUAGUUCCUUGUGUGCAUUUUCUCUUCUCUUGCUUGAUAAAUUCCUUUUCCAAUAGAUGUCACAGCACAGGGGGCAUUUCAUUCUAGUGUUUCAAUUCUCAGAAAAAGAGCAAACUCUAAUUUUGGUUUAGCCUUGCGAUCAUCAAUAGAAGAUGGUAUCAUCCUAAUUUUAUCCCCCAAUAAAAUUUUUUACUGAAAGCUUGUGCUCCAGUUUUUUUUAUUGCUUUAGAACCCAUUCAAUCAAACAUUCAUGUUCAGUAGGAGCCUCAUCACUAUGCAGCUACUAAAUAGAGUUAAUGAAUUGAAAUAUUUGACACAUUAAAAAAACUCACUGAUCCUAAAAAAGUGUUUUAAUAACCUAACAGAAAAUGUGAAGAGAAGCCCGGUGAAUAUAUGUUCGAUACGGUUGUUUUAACAACAGCAUCCAUGUCAAAUUGAACGUGCCAGUUAGUCCCUCAAACGGUGUUGCUUGUUCUCAUGUAAGGAGUAAAAACUCUCUCAAGCGAUUCAUGUCCAUUCCUAUUUGCAGAAUUUUUGAGGUACUGCGAUGGGCCUGUAGACAAGGUCUGAAUUGAAGCACUACGCAACAUGCUUUCUCGCAAUAAUUUUACGGGAAACACAACAAAUCAUCUUACAGGGGAUCUAAAAAUUAACUCUUUAAGAAUAGAAGUGUUUACGAUAAACAUUGGUUAUUUGACAAAAAUACAAAUUACAUCAUUUGUACAAUCUAACUUCCACUUGCAACCGAUCUUUGUUGAAAAUACUUGUUAUCAUUUUGUUAAUAAGUACUUGCGAUUGUUGAACUUCUCCUGGUGUAAAUAAUUAUCCACGUUAUAUUUUGUAGAAAAAACAUACAACGUUUUUUUUAAAUUCUAUUUCAUACCUACCUUGUUUAGAGGCCCAUUCAAGUUUAAUGCUCAGGAAGUAGAAAUAAAUAUUUUUCAGAUUAAUAACCAUUCUGUAUCGAUUAUCUGGGAAUGUACACUCCACUAACUCUCCAUUUAAUUCUCAUGAUUUAAUGUGCCAAAGAUUAAUAAAAUCCAAGGGAAGCAAACGACCCCGUGUCUCUCAAGAUAGACUCGGCAUGUCUUUGUUUUACUAUCACUGACAAGAAACAAUCUGUUGAAGUUAAAGAAUUUAUUCUAUGCUUAAGUUUUUAGAAUGUACCCUCAUUUCGUUGAUAGGCCCUCUAGGACCCUGUAGCUUUAAGAUUUUGUAAUCUCAUUCUCUUUUUUGUAUAAUGUUGUUAUUCUUACGUGGUUUUUGUAUUCUCCAUGGAAUUGGCUAUAAUUGAGUAGUUUAGAUUUUAGCGUAAUGGUGAUUUGUUACGGCUCAAUUUUAAAUUGACAGCGUUUCUAGCGAAAAGCACAAUAAAUAUUUCAGUUAUA